AUGCAGUCUUACAAACAUAAUACAGACCCUUCCAAGGGCAAGAAGCCAGAAAACCGGAUGCCUACAUCGGCAACCCAACCGCUCCCUUUUCCGCGUAAAACCAAACCGCCGAGACCCCGGCUUUCCCGUACAAUUUUUGAAGAGCCUCAGACCAAGCUGAGUGCGUCCCAAACUGCGGCCGGUGCAGGCACAUCCGAGAGAAAGAGAUGGGAUCAACACCGCAGCAGCAAUACAUGGUCCUCCUCCAGCGCAGACUUGGACAUAUUCUCAGAGACAGAGGACGUUGAUGACCGUUCGCGCUUCGUUACCGAAUAUAAUCGACUAGCUAAUAAGUAUGGCAUACGUUCAAUCGUCAUCGGGGACUUUUCAGUUCCAACAGAGAAAACCUCACAGUCACUCCCCAACCGGAAAGGAAGUUGGAUUUCGAGACUGUUGAGACAAGGGUCAUCCGGAAAAGCAACGCAGACAGCUACCGUUAAACCUGGCCAACAUGUCCGCCACCAUAGGAGCAUCAGUGAUCUUGCUCUCAACUUUGUGCACUACCAAAGACGAGAGGGGUUGAAGAAUGAAGAUCUGCAUGGCCUGGUUCGCCUUUGCGGGAAAAGCGUAUUCUACCUGCCUUCGGAAUAUGCUCCUGGCUCCUUGGUGUUACCGACAUGUCUACGUGCUACAGCACAGCAUCUAGUUCAGCAUGCUGGUACCAGCGGCAUCUUUCGAAUCUCAGGCUCAGUCCGUGUUACAAAUGCGCUUUACAACUAUUACUGUGCAGACGCGGACGGGGACGACGUCGCUACGACUACAAGGUGUCCAAAUCUUCCAGUACACUUGAACGUGGGUGUGCACGAUGUAGCAUCUACUUUCAAACGGUUUUUGGCCGGGUUGCCAGGAGGUAUUCUCGGCUCUCUGGGACUCUUUGACGCACUGGUUGGCAUUCACAGUCAGCUUCAUGGUCACGCCGAGUCUACCAGAACCAAAGAAACCCAGUUGCGAGCAAGACUUAUAGCCUUGGCAAUCUCAACAGUCAAGUCACAUUAUCAACGCGAGCUGAUUUGUGCAGUUUUCGGCCUUUUGUGCCUUGUUGGUCGAACGGCAGAGAAGGCACCGAGGGAAGAUAAAUCAGGCAGACCAUUGCCGACUUCUGACUUGAUGGGCUACAGCGCCUUGGCCAUUAUCUUUGGGCCAUUGCUUCUGGGCGAUCUACUCAACUCAUACAGUAUGAGACUAGCAGACCCUGCAGCUGGUCUCAUCAUACUUCCCCUGAGCCCCGUCAAACCCAAGAAACGUCGACGUUCCAAAGAACCGAACCAGGGAACCCCAGCCAUGCUGACCGUAGACCGUGUACUCGUUGCGAAUGAUGUUACAGAAAUGUUGCUGGUCCAUUGGAGGGACAUCGUACGGCACUUGAAAGAUUUUGAUGUGGCGACAGCCAAACAAGAUACUAGAAGCAGGAGGCUGCGAUCAUCUGUAUCAGAGAACUUCCGCUUGAAAGGCCCGCCCGAAUGGAGUUCCGAAGGCCUCCGAGAUACAGCAAGGAUGGGAACAAGGUGCAAUCGUGCAGUCAGUCCUACACCAUUUCCAAGGUUAGGAGCCUCGGGGUCUCGUCACGGGCCUGAUUCCCGGUCAGAUCAGCUUCCUGUUCAGCGCAACCGCUCGAGACCACUAGAGCCUGCCCCAUCAACCUGGAUGACACGAGGGCAUUCCAUGGUUGCGCUGUCUCCUACUGCUGAGGAAAGUCCGGCGAACCAGCGCUCAGAGGACCGCAGAAACACCAUCCAAGCGAUUACAUUCCCAACUGCUUCGACCUCACCAGACAAAAUUGAGUGCCAGAGUCAUUUACCACCGGGGAGUACGUCGUUACCUGUGACUUCUAUCGGGGAAAGUGAGUCGCCUGUGCCGGGAUCCGAUCGGCAAUACCGGAGGCAAAGGCACGUUCGAGAAAACCACGCUGAGCCACGCAACACCACCUCAGACUAUCUUGCUCUUUCGGAUGGGGAGACACCACCCCAAGCUGCUGCUGAAAUCACACCUGCAGAGACUCCCUCAUCAGCGGGAACCACCAGAAGAUACAGUUACAAUGAUUCAGGUUCUGUUUUGACUCUAGACCAAGGUUUCAACUCGUCUACGAAAAUUCCAACUGCCGGACACACACCCUUCCAUUCUGACAAGAGCGAUCCGCCUGAUCAAUCGCAUCUUGACCGUCGAGUUCCUGCUAGUAAUGAAAAAGUUCAAAUAUUGAGCGCUAGUUCAUGUGUCAUGAGGCAGACUCCGCAAGAAAGAAACAGUAAUGGUCCUGAAGGGAUAUAUCUCAAUGAGAACAUCAUGCUAGGAAAGGAACAUUCCGGACCGAAACCAGUCUUGUCUGAGGAACAAGCUCCAUCCUCGAUCAUUGAGACCAUUCCUGGAAUCCGGCAUUCCCUGUUCCAUCAGGCCGAAAAAUUGCCAGACCAUAUUGCAAGGCGCACCACACAAGAAAAGCUUGGGGAUUUAAGUGAUAAGGAGGCCACUGAGAAGUCCAAUAUAUGGUCCUUGCGACAUCUCAUCAGCAGAACCUCACCACGAUCCUCUUUGAAGGAGAAAUAUUCUUGCCAAAAUCAGGGACAGAGCCCAGCUGGGUUAAAUAACGGGAAACGUAACAUAUCAACGCGAUGUGGAGUUCCUAGUGCGAGUGACCCUGGCGUACCUUCAGCAGACGACCAGGGAACGUUGAGGGCCUGGGGCCCUGCGAGUAGCACACUUUGUCGAAGACCAGACUCCGGCUUGCAACUGCAGGAGAGGUUACCGACACCCGACUGGAAACGGAAAUUAUUAAAAAGAAGAAGUGAAGACAAGAGAAAGUCAACAUCCUUGUCACCAGAGAAGAUGAGCAUGUUCGAGCGAACACCUCCAUCAGCAGUUUCACAAGGUGAUAUUUCUAUACCCAAGGGCAAGGCUUUGCCUCCAAUCAAUAGUAGAGCCGAUGCAACCGGUGGGUUGCCAUCACUGCGAUCUGCGUCUAAGCCCGCAAGCGGUUCCGUCAAAGCAAUGGCUGCGAAGUUCAAUAGUGUUUCUGAGGAACCACCCACCGCUCAAGGAUCGGGCCUGGAAGUCGUACCAAAGAGCGAUCUUCGAGGCUCACAAAGCUUCAUGAUCCACAGUACCAAAACUCAGUCGCCUGUUAGGACAGCCAAGUCUUUCACGCAUACCUACCCAAAGACCCCCGAAAAUCCCACCAAUUCUAAGGCUGUGGGAGUUUCUCCGACGUCAAGCAUAAUAUCCGGUCGCUUGCAUCGAGCAUCGGCCAUGCGCUCAAGACAGAACCUGAAGCCAACUCCAUCACAAGCAGGGUCAGAAACUACCCCAUUCAAGGAGCCUAAACUUACGACACAGAGAUCGCCUGUAGGUUUCGUAGCUGCACGAGAGGACCCCAACGCGUUGGCUACUAGGUCAACUCGGCAAGACUACGAGGUUGAUGGCCCGCUGUACCUUGGUACCAUGGUACAGCCACAAGAGGAACCUCCUAUCCCACAGCAUUUGAGGUUGGCUCGACAUCCAUCUGGUGGCUCAUCUCGGAGCCGGGUGACUCAGUAUACCAGCAACAAUAGCACUCCGCAUUCUGAACGGAAAAUCCCGCUACUAGGACGGAGCAAUAGUGUAUUGUAUCGCCAAGUCCGUAGCCUUCAGAAGCAGCUUGACCACAGACACGAAGAACUUCAGCAACUGAGACAGCAAGUCGACACGAUGUAUAGUACUGACGUAGGCACCUUGAGCGAGCAACUGCGACAAGCAAAGAGGGAGUGUAAGAUGUGGAGGGAACGAGCAGAAGCUGCGGAGAAGAGGUUAGCCGUGUUUGAUAGGUUUGCCGCAAGAUUUCGGGGAAUGAGAACAGGCAAGGACGACAUAAGUAGGUCGAACCAAGUGGAUCAAAGUCUUGUAACACCCAAUAUUGGAGCUGACGCGGAUGUUGAGCCACAUGGUACAUCAAUCUAUUCUCAAACCACCGAGAGCGACUGCGCUUUCAGGAAUCGGAUAUGCCAUUCACUCAAGCAGAGGGGGCUCACCGGCGCUAACGGCGUAGAGAGCCCAGAGUCUAAGCAAGAUCAACUUGUAUGGGGUAUUCACAAAAGGCAAGAGGGGGCCAAUGCGAAGGACGAAUCCAGUUACAUGGUGCAGCUAUGGGCUGCUGCAGAAGAGUUGAUAGAAGAAGUCUAG